GGCCGGGCACUCCCCCGGGAAGUGAGGGCUGCUGGGCCGGAUGACGUGGCCUGCCUCCGUCGCUACCGCUGCGGCCUCCCGGGAGCCGGUGCCCGCGGAGCUCUUCACGGCCUAGUCCGGACGCACGUGUACUUGUGAGCGGAAGCGGAGGACAGCGCUGGCUGCCGCCCGCCCUGGGGGACUCGCCGGGGCGCUGCCAUGGGGGAGUGACGUACCUGUGUUAGUGGCUCCGCGGCAGCGUGCGACAUGAGGCGACCGCGCGGCGGGGGCAGCGGCGGCGGCUCCUGAACCCGGGAUGGAGGAGAAAUACGGCGGGGACGCGCUGGUCGGGCCCGGCGGCGGAGGCGGAGGCAGAGGCGGCCUUGGGCCGGUGGACGUACCUAGCGCUCGAUUAACGAAAUAUAUUGUAUUACUCUGUUUCACUAAAUGUUUGAAAGCUGUGGGACUUUUUGAAUCAUAUGAUCUCCUAAAAACUGUUCACAUCGUUCAGUUCAUUUUUAUAUUGAAACUUGGGGCUGCAUUUUUUAUGGUUUUGUUUCAAAAGCCAUUUUCUUCUGGGAAGAUUAUUACCAAGCACCAGUGGAUCAAAAUAUUUAAACAUGCAGUUGCUGGAUGUAUCAUUUCCCUCUUGUGGUUUUUUGGCCUUACUCUUUGUGGACCACUAAGGACUCUGCUAUUAUUUGAACACAAUGACAUUGUUGUCAUCUCAUUACUCAGUGUUUUGUUCACUAGUUCUGGAGGAGGACCAGCAAAGACCAGGGGAGCGGCUUUUUUCAUUAUUGCUGUAAUCUGCUUAUUGCUCUUUGACAAUGAUGACCUCAUGGCUAAAAUGGCUGAGCACCCUGAAGGACAUCAUGACAGUGCUCUAACUCACAUGCUUUACACAGCAAUUGCCUUCUUAGGUGUGGCAGAUCACAAGGGUGGAGUACUAUUGCUAGUACUGGCUUUGUGUUGUAAAGUUGGUUUUCAUACAGCCUCCAGAAAGCUCUCUAUAGAUGUUGGUGGAGCCAAACGACUUCAGGCGUUAUCCCAGCUUGUUUCUGUGCUUCUCUUGUGCCCAUGGGUCUUGGUUCUUUCAGUGACAACUGAGAGUAAAGUUGGAUCUUGGUUUUCUCUCAUUAUGCCUUUCACAACAGUUAUCUUUUUUGUUAUGAUCCUUGAUUUCUAUGUGGAUUCUAUUUGCCUUGUCAAAAUGGAGGUUUCCAAAUGUGCCCGCUAUGGAUCCUUUCCCAUAUUUAUUAGUGCUCUCCUUUUUGGAAAUUUUUGGACACACCCAAUAACAGACCAGCUUCGGGCUAUGAGCAGAACCACGCACCAGGAGAGCACGGAGCACGUCCUGUCUGGAGGAGUGGUCGUGAGUGCUGUGUUCUUCAUUCUGUCUGCCAACAUCUUAUCAUCUCCCUGUAAGAGAGGACAGAAAGGUACCCUUAUUGGAUAUUCUCCUGAAGGAACACCUCUUUAUAACUUCAUGGGUGAUGCUUUUCAGCAUAGCUCUCAAUCAAUCCCUAGGUUUAUUAAGGAAUCACUAAAACAAAUUCUUGAGGAGAGUGACUCUAGGCAGAUCUUUUACUUCUUGUGCUUGAAUCUGCUCUUUACUUUUGUGGAAUUAUUCUAUGGAGUGUUGACCAAUAGCCUGGGUCUGAUCUCAGAUGGAUUCCACAUGCUCUUUGAUUGCUCUGCUUUGGUCAUGGGACUCUUCGCUGCUCUCAUGAGUAGAUGGAAAGCAACUCGGAUUUUCUCCUAUGGGUAUGGCCGAAUAGAAAUUCUCUCUGGAUUCAUUAAUGGACUUUUUCUAAUAGUAAUAGCCUUUUUUGUGUUUAUGGAGUCAGUGGCUAGAUUGAUUGAUCCUCCGGAAUUAGAUACAAACAUGUUGACACCAGUCUCCGUUGGAGGGCUGAUCGUAAACCUUAUUGGUAUCUGUGCCUUUAGCCAUGCCCAUAGCCACAGCCAUGGAGCUUCGCAAGGAGGCUGUCACUCGUCUGAUCACAGCCACUCACACCACACUCAUGGACACAGUGACCAUGGGCAUGGUCACAGCCACGGAGCCUCGGGCGGAGGCAUGAAUGCUAACAUGAGGGGUGUAUUUCUGCAUGUUUUGGCAGACACACUUGGCAGCAUUGGUGUGAUCGUGUCUACAGUUCUGAUAGAGCAGUUCGGGUGGUUUGUUGCUGAUCCCCUCUGUUCUCUUUUUAUCGCUGUAUUAAUAUUUCUCAGUGUUAUUCCACUGAUUAAAGAUGCCUGUCAAGUUCUGCUUCUAAGGCUGCCACCAGAACAUGAGAAAGAACUACACACUGCUUUAGAAAAGAUACAGAAAAUUGAAGGAUUAAUAUCUUAUCGGGACCCUCAUUUUUGGCGUCAUUCUGCCAGUAUUGUGGCAGGAACAAUUCAUAUACAGGUAACAUCGGAUGUGCUGGAACAAAGAAUAGUACAGCAGGUUACAACAAUACUUAAAGAUGCUGGAAUAAACAAUUUAACAAUUCAAGUAGAAAAGGAGGCCUACUUUCAACAUAUGUCUGGCCUAAGUACUGGAUUUCAUGAUGUUCUGGCUAUGACAAAACAAAUGGAGUCUAUGAAAUACUGCAAAGAUGGGACGUACAUCAUGUGAGCCCACACGGGAGCACCCCUGGAUGUCGGCGGUGGACAUGAAGUAACUCAGUGUUUGUAAUAGUGCUUGAAGGACAAAAAUUGCACCUAAUUGUACAAAACCUUUUAAAGCUCACUACUACUUGGAGAUUGAAUCAAGGAAUUUUUCUUAAAGAAAAUUUAAAUACAGAAUAAAACAUUAUUGGUUCAAGAAAAAUAAUUACAUUUGAAUUAUGUGUAUGAAAGGAACUUUUAACAUUUGAGUGAACAUACUAUAUCACAUCAUCUUAAAUGAACACAUGAUGGAUUCUUUUUUUUUUUUUUUCUUUUCUUUUGGUACUAGAAAUCAAUUCCAGGACCUCAAACUUGCCCAGCUUGCGCUGUACCACUGAGCUGUAUCCCCAGCCCAGUGAUGGAUUCUAAUGAAGACCAAAAUUACUUGUUUACUUUCUAUCAGAAAGCAUCUCCAUUGUAAAUAUGUAUUUACAUGUUUAUUACAAAGACCCAAAUGAAGUUUUUAGUCAAUUUUUUUGCAUAGCCUAAAGAUAAACUAGGAAUAAAAAUUCUAUAUUUAUGGAUUUUCUGUAUAUAAAACUGGUUUCUAAUUAUUUAAGUCCAUUAAGUAAAAUCUGUCUUGCCACUUCAAAUGUAAACUAAACUAUUUAGAUGAAAUUGCAGCCAUUGAUUUAAGUAAUGAAAACAGAAAAAUAUGACACAGUUUUUGAUGUAUUACAAGACCAACCACUGUAAAAUAAAUUUUUUUUACUUUUGGUAAUUUUUGCAAAUGAAUAAUUAAUUGAUUAGGGUUAAGAACUCACUCUCAGUGGUGUCUGUGUUAUCCCCUCCCUUGUCAUCCUCCUCCACAGCGAAUCCUCCAUCUCUUGUUACACCACUGGCCUUCCUGGCCGCUGUCACACUGGUGCCCAGGCAACCCGUCCUGUGCAUCGUCACAUCUGUGUCAUGGAAGAACCCACUGGUAAUGACUGCCAGCUAAGAGCUGCACACUCUGCCAAUGGAGAUAGUUUUCUAAUUUCUGGAAGAUAUAGAUAUAUUUUAAAAAUUCAAAAAAUAGCUGUAUCAAGGUUUAACAGAACUUCUCCAUAAGCCUUUGGACAAUGAAUUUGUGUGUGUGUGUGUGUGUGUGUGUGUGUGUGUAACCAGGGAUUGAACUCAGGCCCUCGCACGUGCCAGGCAAGCGCUUAAUCUACUGAGCCAUCUCCCCAGCCCCUGGACAAUGAAAUUAAAGUGCCCUAUAAUUACUUUCCAUGGUGAUACCUAAUUCAUAUCUCCACUUCAAGUUUAACUAUAUGCCUACUCUGAAAAGACUUUUAUGAUAAACAGAUAAAUACAUAGUUUUAUGAACACUAAAGAUUACUGUCCAGAAGAUUUUUUAUUGUAUAUUUGUAAGCAUCUGAAUAUUUUUAUUCUUAUACUACAAAAUUUAAUAAAUAGGAUGAAUUUAGUAUGGUUACUAUUUUCUUAUCGAUACCGUGAUGGCAAAUUUAAUAUGUACAUAUUUACUAUGUGAGGAGUUUAAAAUUGGUUGUUUUGAUAUUUGUCUUCUCCUUGCACAUUUUUUG